CUUGCAGACAACACAGCACUGGGAAAAAUCCUCGAGAGAAAUUUUAAAAAUUCUACAAAAUUCAAAUUAAAACCAAUAUGAAGUGGCUUCUACUGACCUGUGUCCUGGUGAUCCUGUCAUCGCAAUGUUCGGCCCGUCGACUGCCCGUGAAGCGCAUCCCACAGCUGAAUCAUCAUCUGGGCUAUGUGAAGCCGGAGACUCGGGUUAUUGGUGGCUCUGAUGCCGCCACUGGCUUUGCCCCCUACCAGGUGUCCAUCAUGAACACCUUUGGCGAGCAUGUGUGCGGCGGCAGUAUCAUUGCUCCUCAUUAUAUCCUCACCGCUGCCCACUGCCUGGAGUGGCCCACGCAGUACCUGAAGGUCAUAACCGGAACGUUGGACUUUACCAAGCCGGGAGCGGAAUAUCUGGUGGAUGGAGCCAAGAUCCACUGCAGCCACGACAAGCCGGCGUAUCACAACGACAUUGCUUUGAUUCACACCGCCAAGCCGAUUGUCUACGAUGCCUUGACUCAGCCCAUUAAGCUGGCCCCCAAGGGUAGCCUGCCCAAGGCCGGUGACAAGCUUACCCUCACCGGCUGGGGCAGCACCAAGACCUGGGGUCGCUACUCCACCCAGUUGCAGAAGAUCGAUCUGAAGUACAUCGAUCACUCCAGCUGCGAGUCCAGCGUGCGCAAUGCCAACUGGCUGAGCGAGGGUCAUGUGUGCACCUUCACCCAGGAGGGACAAGGAUCCUGCCAUGGAGACUCCGGUGGCCCGCUGGUGGAUGAGAAUCAGACCCUCGUCGGUGUCGUCAACUGGGGCGAGGCCUGUGCCAUUGGCUAUCCCGAUGUCUUUGGUUCGGUGGCUUACUACGCCGAUUGGAUCGCAGAGAUGAUGACGGAUGCGGGAACUGCCUGCUAGAAAUCACCCGAGGGGGUGGAAAAGCCACAACGAACAAAAGUAGCCACCAAAAAUGGCAUAUAUUUAUGGACUAUGGCCAAAUGAUCAAAUUAGCCAGUAAAUUUUAUCACUCAGAUAGCAUAUACUCGUAUUUAUGAACAAAUAAAAAGGUGCAAUAGCGCUUCAGCUUUAGAUAAAAACA